CAUUGCCGUCAAACACGUGGGGUGACCCUCAAAAUAAAAAAAAUAACCACAUGGGGCGAAGCUGCCAAACAUUCAAACCUCAUAGAUGCCCCUCUCCCGGAGGCCCCCAAGAUGCUCUCUCUUCCUCCAUUAGAUUAGAUCAGCUCCCUCCUCGCUGUCCCGUGUCCUCCUCUCCAAGAACCAUGUCCUCCUUGUUGCUUCAAUCUCCGAGGGCUCGCCUCCUCCUGACCGCCCCGUCGAGCCGACGCCACCUGCAAUGCAAAGAACAUCUCUUGUUGCCGCGGAGGAUGCCAAGGGUGCGGCUCGGCGUGCGCAUGGCCGAUACGGCCUGGGUCGAGAGCGGCGGCGGGGCGUCGCCGGAGGUCGGGGUCUCCGCCGAGGGAGGCGCGGUGCAGGACCUGGGAAGAGAUGACGAACUGCGAGGCCCGUCGCCGGAAGCGAACGGGUGGGCGACCGUGGAGGCGGCGCUGAACUGGGUGAGCAAAUGGCUGGUGGCGGCUUCUUAUGUUUUUGCAGGUCUUUGGAAGCAUGAUGUGGAAUUUAUGUGGGUUUUGCUGGGUGCGGCUGCCAGCUACCUGCUUUCACUGUUUCUUAAAAGGGUGCUAAACCAUGAAAGACCGUCAGAUUUACGGUCUGAUCCUGGGAUGCCAUCCUCCCAUGCACAAUCCAUCUGCUAUGCUGCGACGUUCCUAGUUCUUUCAUUGUACCACUACCUUGGGACAAACUAUCUGACGAUGAUCCUUGGACCAGCAACUCUGUCAACGGCCUUCUAUCUGUCAUGGCUACGGGUGUCGCGGCGCCUUCACACGCUGAACCAGGUCAUGGCGGGCGCUGCCGUAGGAUCUGCCUUCGGUGCCCUGUGGUUUGUGCUCUGGCGCUCGCUCGUGCAGGAGGCAAUUGCUUCGUCGCCGUCGGCGAAGAUUGCGGCCAUCCUCGUAUCAGCAGCAUCCUGUGUCGGUGUCAUCGUUUACAUGAUGGGCCAUUGGGUCAAGACUGAGUGAUUGUACCUCACAGCUGCAGUUGGUAACAAACGUUCUUGCUGGACAAAUUAGAAAUUAUUAUGAGUAAAUAUUCAUGAAACAUGACAGUUCAAAGCCCA